UGUAGGUUGAAGACGAUAUUGAAUCAGUUUUACACAUAAAAUGGAUAAGCCACAAAAAAGCAACAAAAACAUUACUGGAAAUACAUUUGAGCUUAAAGACGUCACUCCGGAGCAGUCUCUUGAAGAUGAUGUGACUGGAACUUAUGAAACUUUGGAUGCAUUCCCUUCUAAUUUCACGACAGCCAUUGCUGAACAAUCAAUUUACAGAAGGUGUGAGACAGCCGACAGUCAUGAUUUACACCUGAUACCAAAUGAUAAAUCGAAUCGGAGGAAGCUGGUUUAUACGGUUGCUAUACUUGGGUUCGUCGCUAUCUUGCUUGCUGCUUUAGCUGUUGUUGUUGUUUUUCUAUCAUCUCGGAAUAAUGGUGCGACAGCUUCAAAUGAAAACAGAUGUUUGGAGUAUUCUUUGUCCAACGGGAAAGUAGUGAAUGCUACCGGUUUCCGUGCAGGAGACACUCUACAAGUAGAAUGCAACAGCGCAAGUAAACUUGUAGGAUCCGCUAAGAUAACUUGUCAUUCAACUGGUCAUUGGAGUGACUAUCCUCGUUGUAUACCAAAAGAAUGUAAUGACUUUGAAGCUCCUCGUAACGGAGGGAUUACUUUAAAAAACAAGACUACAAAUAUUGGUGCAACAGUACUUGUUAAAUGUGCGGAAGGAUUUGUAAGGAAAGGAGGUGAAACUGUUGUGUGUCAGAGCAAUGAAACAUGGUCGGACAGACCAACUUGUGAGCCGGUCGAUUGCAAAUUUCCCAAUAGAAUUGAAAAUGGGGAAAUCAGGAACAUGACAGGAACAACAUAUCACAACACUUUUAUUGUUGUUUGUUCUCUGGGAUACAGACUAACUGGAGUAUCAACUGUGGUUUGUGAACUAAGCGGAAUGUGGAGUGAAUUUCCGCUUUGUAAGUCUAUUCUUUGCGGCAUACCAGGCAUUCCGAAAAAUGGACUUAUAAAAAGUUUAAAUGGAACCAGAUUUAGUUCAACGGCCAUUCUGCAAUGCGAUGAAGGUUUUGUUAUGAGUGGAAACCCUACCAUUAGCUGCACUGUAAAUGGAAGCUGGACAGCCCUUCCAACAUGUGAAAGAAAUGAUAACAAACACGGUCUAAAUUGUGGUGCUCUAUUAUCUGUUGAAAAUGGGGAAAUCCGACAUUUGACAGGUACAAGGGUCAAUGGUACAUAUUCGGUAAGAUGCUUCAAGGGUUAUAAUUUAAAAGGGAAUAGGACCGUCAUUUGUGGGGAAGAUGGAACCUGGAGUGACAUGCCUGCUUGCAUGCCGGUGUCAUGUGGAUCCCCACAUGUCCCUAGCGAUGGUUAUGUAGUGUCAACAAAUGGAACAACGUUCAAAGCUUCAGCUCGGAUAAGUUGUAAAAACGGUUACUCUGUCAAUGGAAAUCAGGACAUAAGAUGUAUGGAGAGUGGACAAUGGACAGCCACACCAGUUUGUGAACGGAAAGACUGCGGUGUUCCUUCUAAUGUCAAAAAUGGUAAAAUCAAAGGGCUGACGGGCACAAAAUACAACGACUCCUUCUCCGUUGAAUGCAUUGAUGACAAUAUAUUGGUAGGACAAGAAACUGUCAAAUGUGAUACCAAUGGAAACUGGACAAAGAUUCCAGUUUGUAUAGCUCAACCAAAUUGUGGUGUUCCUCCAAGUAUAAACAAUGGUGAAAUUAUUGGAGUGACAGACACAAACAUAUUUUACGUAAAUUGCAACAGUGGCUACCGUUUAACUGGUGAAAACACUUUGAGGUGCGAUUUGAAUGCGAAAUGGACCACAUCACCAAACUGUGAACUGAUAGAUUGUGGCACACCGAAUCUGACACACGGUAGCAUUAUAGGAUUGCUCAACACAAGCUAUGACAAUUUAUUAUCCGUAUCAUGUAAUGAAGGUUAUUCAUUAAUUGGUACUAACACUAUCACGUGCGGUGAGGAUGGAAAAUGGAAAAACGUACCUUCAUGUGAACUUGUCACGUGUGAGUUACCAGAAAUCCCAAUUAAUGGGGCUGUUGAUACAUUGGAAGGAACCAAAGUUAAUAAUACGGUUUCGUUCCAAUGUAACCCUGGGUUUCAUCUUAACGGGACAAGAAUCAUAAUGUGUUCUGGUGACGGAAAGUGGACGGAAGGGCCAACAUGUCUACCGGAUUGUGGCGAUCCUCCAAGAAUAGAAAACGGUACGGUCAGUAGAAAUAGUAGUGAUAGUAUGCUUUCUGUACAGUGCAAUAAUGGCUAUAUAUUAAACAUUGACAAUGUCAUAAAAUGUGCUUCAAAUGGCAAAUGGACGGCUUUGCCCAGUUGUGAUCCCGUCUCAUGCGGAAUUCCAGAAAUACCACGUAAUGGAAUGUUACUUACCAUAAGUGGAACAAAGUUCAACGCUCUGGCAACUAUGAAGUGUGACGAAGGAUUUUCAUUGACUGGAAAUUCUGUUAUAAUUUGUCUAAACAACGGGAGUUGGACAUUGAAUCCGAGAUGCAUUCAGAUAGAUUGUCGCACUCCGAAAAUAGCAAAUGGCAACAUUAUAGGAUCUAAUGAAUCUACAAACGCAACAUUUGGUAGUACAAUACAUGUGACAUGUAACAAAGGGUACUCGCUGGUUGGAUCGGAUACCAUUCAGUGUGGUAUUGGUGGACACUGGAACACAAUACCUACUUGUGAACUUGUCACAUGCGGCCUUCCAGAAAUUCCGGUCAAUGGUGCUAUUGCUAGCAUACAAGAAACUACAUUUAAUAUAACUGUCUCGAUUAAAUGCCAUAGUGGGUAUGUCUUAAAUGGAACAGGUUUAGUUACCUGUUCAAAUCACGGAAACUGGACACAAAGCCCAACAUGCAUACCAGAUUGUGGAAGUCCUCCCAAUAUAACAAACGGCAAGAUCACAGGACUGACUAACAGAGGAAACAUUUUUUCCGUACUAUGUAACUAUGGAUACAGCUUAACUGGAAAUUCGGCUGUAAGAUGUGAUGCUUAUGGUAAAUGGACAAAAAUCCCGGUCUGCUAUCCUGCGUCUUGUGGAAUACCUGAAAUACCAAAACAUCGAAAACUAAUAUCAUUAAGUGGAACAAGAUUUGAGUCAACAGCUCACAUGGGAUGUGACGAGGGUUAUCUAAUGGCUGGAAGUUCGCUUAUAACGUGCCUGAGAAACGGAAGUUGGACAUGGAUUCCUGCAUGCGAACCAUUAGACUGCGGUACUCCAAAAGUAGAAAAUGGCGUCAUACGAGGAUAUACAGCUUCAACAUACAGAAGUACCGUAUACGUAACAUGCAACGAAGGUUAUACAUUAAUUGGAAUGAAUGAGGUGCAGUGUGGCAUUGAUGGCCAAUGGAGUUUGCCUAUUUGUAUACUCUCUUCGUGUGGGUUACCCAACAUACCUGAAAAUGGCGCAAUCGACAGUAUGAACGGAACAACCUUAAAUAGAACUGCUACAAUUGUGUGUCAUCCAGGGUUUUUAUUGAAUGGAACAAACAUCGUCACAUGUCAUAGUCAUGGCAAAUGGACAAAAAGUCCAACGUGUACACCAGUAAGUGACUGCUACGAUAUACAUCUGGAGUCUAAUAAGUCAAUAAGUGGAAUCCAUAACGUCACUUUGUGGAAGUCCAAAUCGAAAAUAAAGGUUUACUGCGACAUGGACACAGAUGGAGGCGGAUGGACGGUGUUUCAAAACCGUUUUGAUGGCUCUGUUGCCUUCUACAACACGUACGCAGAAUACGAAUAUGGCUUUGGGAAUUUAUCGACAGAAUUCUGGCUUGGAUUGAAGUAUAUCCACGAAAUGUCAGAGCAAAGUAAAACUGAGUUACGAAUAGACCUGUCUGCAGCAGAUGGCUCUACAGCUUAUGACACAUUUCAGAACUUCUCCCUUGGAUCCCAGCUGUACAGACUUAGUGCAAGCAAAUCAACAGACACGACAGGUAACAGUGGCACUGCCUUAUCGUACUACGGAGGUGCUGCAUUCUCCACACGGGAUCGUGACUUUGAUGGUCAACAAUACAGAAAUUGCGCUCAUGAAUUUCAAGGUGCUUGGUGGUACAGCUCUCCUACUUGUUCAUACGUAAAUCUCAACGGUGAAUAUUUAUCUCCGGGUACAAAAGUUGUAAGAAAUUUGAAAAGAGGAAUGUUUUACCUGAAAUUUAAGGACGAGUCUCUAAAGUCGUCUAAAAUGAUGUUUAGACGAGUCAAAAAGUCAAUGUGAUUACACAUACACACCUCAAUCUGAAUAAGAUAUCAUGGAAUCGUUCGUUCAAAAUUAUGCUGAGAAAGUCAUAAUGCACGUCGACAAAUACGUGUGAAUUGAUAACACGCCUUCGUAUAUAUAUUUAAGAUAUCAUUUGAGCUAUUCUUUCCAAUUUCUUUUCUUUAAAUAUUACUAAUUUUUUCUGCACGUUUGGAUAGAAUGUUUUUCUAGUAUGUAGAAUUUGAUUAAAGUUUGAUUUUUCAAAAGUUAAGAAUAUGCUAAGGAAGUUCAAUAAAUGAAUGGUCAUAUGCUUGACAUUUGCAAGAUUGAUUUGAUAAUUGGAGUUGAUGAUUAUGUCAUUAAUUUCAUAACAUUUUCUACAUGUAGAUUUUAAUGAAACUUACAACAGUUUUUAAUAGACAUACAUGACCAUGACCUAUAAUGUGGUGAAUAAGAAUGAAUUAAUGUUCUUGUAUGUGUGCUUAUUCUUUUAGAUAUUUGACCAUAAUUACAGCGAGCCGAAAUUUGCAAGCUAAUUUAAAGGCAUUAUUUGGUUUUUUUAACCUGUCAGAUGUUUUAAUAUCCUAUCAUAAUUUUAGAAAGAUAGUGAAAGUGUCAUUCACUGCUUGCCAUUAAUUCAUAAAAGUAUAUUCAUUUCCUACGCCGAAUCAACGCUUUAUUCUACGUUUUCCGUGUGAAUAACAUUUUGCCAUCACUUCCGGUUUAUCAACGUGCAGAAACAGAGCUACAUAUAUAAAUAGCAAAGACUUUCUGCGUGACUGUCGCAGUAUAUUGCUGUUCUAAUACAAGAGUGAUUAUUAUUAAAUGAAUUCGGAAAAAUCUAAAUGAAUCUUUCUUUUAUAAGCUAUCAUUAUUCUUUUAUACGCUUUAUUAAUAGCAUAUGUCUGAUAUUCGAAUAGUUUGUCAAGUGUCUGAAGGCAUAACCUUUAUACUCGUAAAUACUAGAUGGUGGUUGGCAGUCUUGCUUCAUUUUGCAUUUCAUUUCAUGUUUCAUUGUUUGAGGUAUGAAGACAUGCGUUUUGUUCUAUUAAGCGUCUAGAUGGAUGGAGUUUCCUUAUGUAUAAGAAGAUGAUAGCAUGCUUUCAUUAGAAUUUAGAUUAGUCAUUUACAUGUAUAUGUUAUUAUUGAUAUAUGUAUAACAGAUAAUAUCUAUGUCAAUAAAUGUAGUCUUUUCA